AUGGAGCUGCAAAGCUCUUGGGAUCCAUGUACCCGAGGCAUGACGCUCGAGCAGUAUCUGGGCCAGCUGCGGUUUCCACUCACUCGAUCCUACUAUCGCGCUCGUCGAACACAACUGGCGUCUUGCGAUAUUGCGCCAACAGAGAUCGCCUCAAACUCGCAGCUGCAGCUUCUGUUGUACUUGCAAAGGCUGCUUGUUGCCUCGCAAGCCUUACAAAUCGCUCAAGAUACAUAUGAACAGAGAUAUGCGGCGUUGUUACCACCGCUGCAGAACGACAAUGCGGUCUUCUUAGCCGUCCAUCUGGCAAGCAAGGCGCAGACCGAAGCAUGCCUAGUAGCUUCGUCUUUGAACGAGGAUGUUCGUUUUUCGCUUUACGAGUCUACAUGGCAAGACAUGCUACUUUGCUUUGUCGAAGAUCGCAGCCUCUGCUGUGUACAAAACACACAUCAAGAAUCACACGAACCGUUGCAGCAACACUUGUCCUGCUUUGGCAAGUUCGUCUGGGGUGAAGCUUAUACAUGGUCCUCCGGAAAGCUGUUCAUGCAGUACCGCCUCUUUCAAGCACAAAUAGCAUGGCAAGAGCGCUACACAGCGGCGAUACCAUCCACACCAAGCACACCAACUGUUUUCAAGAGCGUACCACUACACGCAGCAUACACAUCAUUCACUUCAACUCUAUCACCCUCCGAAGAUGCAUCCGAUAAUACCGCAGAUCAUCUGUUUCCUCAGCAUCCACUGAUGACAUUGCCGUUACCCCAUACAAGCAACCCAGAGCACUGUCUAUUAACAUCUGCAUUCUUGGAGAGUGAUACAGCAUCGUCUGGUUCAUCGUCGGAUUCCAGUAUUCUCGCGACCCCAAACCCCGAGACAAGCUUCUCAUCUUGGGACGCCCUUUCACCAUCAGGACUAUGUAGGACCAGCACUCCUCUAUCACCAUGCCUCUUUUACAACAACACUGCGGCCUCGCCAAUUUUUUCUGAACACUCAACGAUCACCGCACCAUACCGAGAGCAGAACCACAGCCAGAACAUCAACGCCGACAAAGUCCUUCUAGGAGGCAACAUUCUCGAUGAUGGUGGUGCUUUCAGCUCGUCCUGUUCUUUACUUCGGCGUCGUCAUAUGAGCAAGGAAAUACCUAAGCGAGUCCUUCAGAAUCGCGAAAAAAGCAAGAGGUACUAUUACCGUCGAAAGGCCCAACACGCUGCUUCUAAUGACUUUCUCAGCUCACGAAAGGAUCACGCAGAACCCACAUGUCUCAAAGCGGAACUCGAAGAGCCCCCUUUCCACAUUCAGUUUAUAGAGCUUGACGGUAGGAUGUUUCCUCUCCCAGAUGUCGUACGUACACCGAACUCCCUGACAGGCUUUCGCGUUAACUCAAAAACAGAGCAGAAUCCGACAUAG